AUGCAGCCUCAAUUCUCAGAGCACACCGAAUUACUCUAUUCAGCUGCCUGUUGGGCAUCCCACGGCCUCGUCAAUCACGCAGCCCCUUGGGAGGCCGAGUCGCCCCAAAAUUUGUUGCGUAAGAGCUGCAUGUGGCCGAUGACGUGGCUGAGAAUCGAGAAUCCAAUACGACUGCACUGUAGAGCAAUGCGCUGCUCUAAUGCGGCGGGAGUCUAUGAGCUGGCCAGGGCAGCUGGUCUUUCAUCGCUUCCAGCUUACAUAACAGCCUGUGUAUCGAUGCAUUACCUAAUACAUAGUAAUCACCUCCAACCUAACCGACGCGCCUCAAUUCACUAUCCACUCCUCUCUUCUUUCUCCUCGAUCCUUUUCUUCACACAGCUGAUCCUCCCGUCAGCUCCCAUUGUUCAAUCGCACAUUAUCGCUAUGCCAGAGCUGUGCGAUGGGCGUCUUGAUGAACUCCUGAAAGAAGCGGCUAGUCGCCUCGCGACGAAGCAGCCGCCACGGCCCAAGGAUUGCACCUUGAUUGCUAUGAAGGCCGCGCCUGCCAAUCCAACUCUGGAUUCAAAGGUGCAAGCCAAGGCACAAGACCCAAAGAGCGUUAUGCUUCGCGAUCCUAGGCCAGCGGAGAAGAAGAAGCAACCCCUGCUUUAUUUUCUUGAUGUGGUGACGGUGCCCGUCUUGGGUUACCUGCCACGCCAAAAUGAUCAUUUAUUUCAUAGUUACUCUGAUUUGAGACUCUCUCUCCCGAUUCUACAGACUGGCAAAGAUAAUGCUGGCCCGGGCUGGUUUGGCAUUCCCAAGACAGACCCUAACGACCCCGAGCUGAAGCGAGACCUUCAGAUUCUUCACAUGAGAGGAACCGCCAUCGAUUCUAAGCGACACUACAAGAAGGAAUCCCUCAAGGCCAAGGUACCUCGCUACGCUCAUGUUGGACGUAUUGUCGAGGGCCCGACCGAGUUCUACAGCGCUCGCUUGACACGCAAGGAGAGAACGCAGACACUGGUGGAUGAGUUGUUAAGCGCAGAAAAGGCGUCGGGCAAGUUCAGAUCCAAAUAUGAGGCGAUUCAAACGAAAAAGGCGAGCGGCAAAAAGGCCUUUUACAAAAAGUUGGUGGAGCGCCGCCGGCGCAGCCGCCACAUCGCAUUGCUCAAGUAUCUCGGUCCAUAUGCAGAGAAGAUGCGCGCUUCGACACUGUUGAGGCCAACCGCCCGCUGCCUGGCGCGGUCACAUUUACAGGGAACCCUGAGACCAUCAUGGACUCGCUCACUCAACACAGAGACGCCGCAAGCCUCAGUGAUGCAACCUUCGAAAGCUCCCGAACCAACGAGAAACUCGCAGGCUAUUAGCGAGUCUGACCCUGUGCAACAUUUCUUCGGGAAGACCAAAGAGAACGAACCAAGAUAUCCUCGAGGCGUUCAGGCACUCUAUCUCCAGCCACUACGUCGCGAAGCCGAGUACGGAAUUCCUUCAUGCGACCUUCAGCUGCGCUCAUACAGUUUGAGGAACCUCGAAUUCUUCUCCGACUUUGCCCUUCGCGCAGCGUACUACCUGAAGCUCCCAGCAUUCGGCCCUGUGCCACUGCCUCGAAUUACUGAACGAUGGACGGUUCCCCGGAGUAGUUUCAUCUUCAAAAAGUCACAGGAGAACUUCGAGCGUAUAACGAUGCGUCGCCUUGUUCAAAUCCGCGACGGAAAUCCUGAGACGGUUCAAUUGUGGCUAGCUUUUCUCCAAAAGCACGCCUAUUACGGCAUUGGUAUGAAGGCCAACGUGUGGGACUUUGGAAAGCUUGGUAUCGGCAAGGCCAUGGAUGCCAUUGAUCCAGAGACGACUGAGGCGAUUGACUCGCGGUGGAACCAUCUGGGUCAAAACCGGGAACUUGAUACAGUCGAGAAAGUGGAGGAGUUUUUGGCUACAGUUCGGUUCGAUAAGGAUAGUGGCAAGCGAUCAGAGGGGGAGCGGCGGUUCCUCCAGACCCAAUGGAAGAAAGACGAGGCGGCCAAAAGGAAGGCAGCCUUAAACUUGAAAAGGGACCCCGUCGUGGGUGUGUCCUGUGUAAAUCAUAAAUAUCAAACCUGGCCCUUGUCGCGUUGGGUCACAGACUGCUAUUCUUAUGUCGUUUACAAAGACUUGUGCGCCUGCGAUCUGCUCGCCAUUGGACAUCAUAUCAUGACAAAAUCCUCAACUAUGUCUCCAGGCCCAGGGCCAAUCACACCCCGUUAUAGCAAUAUAGACAGAACGGAAAUAACCGGUUCAUUGCCCCAUGCGUCGGAUUUCUCACCCUUUCGUUCGGUCAGUGGGUUUAUCAUGUUUGUGUGCGCCAACGAUUCAGAGCACACGGGCUGGCAGGUUCCGGCCGGACGCCGCGACGCGUCAAGUGGGAAUCACCAAGUCAUUUUCUCGGGCAUCCAGCCUACGGGAACACCGCACCUGGGCAACUACGCCGGUGCCAUCCGCCAAUGGGUGCAACUCCAAGCCAAGCCUUCUGAGAGCUGCAAACUUGUGUACUCCGUCGUCGACUUGCACGCUAUCACCGUACCCCAGAACGCAAAACAGCUCAGGCAAUGGAAGAGGGAAACGCUGGCAGCUCUGUUGGCUGCAGGUAUCGACCCCGAACGCUCGACUUUAUUCUAUCAAUCAUCUGUCCCGGCGCAUUCUGAGCUCAUGUGGAUCUUGAGCUGUACAGCCUCGAUGGGUUAUUUGUCACGAAUGACACAGUGGAAGAGCAAGCUGUCACUCUCAAAUGAUGCCACCAUUCUUGAUGAAGGUGCGAAAGCCUCGCUGAAGCUCGGCCUAUUCUCAUAUCCCGUCCUGCAGGCUGCUGAUAUUCUCGUCCACCGAGCCACUCAUGUACCCGUCGGUGAUGACCAGAGACAGCACUUGGAAUUUGCUCGCGAGUGUGUAACAAAUUUCAAUCACAACUUCGGCCCUCUCUUGGUGUCUCCUGAGACCAUCACAUCACCGACACGCCGGGUUAUGUCGUUGCAACAACCAACCCAGAAAAUGUCGAAAUCCGCUAGGGACCCGAGGUCACGUAUCCUAAUCACCGACACGCCCGAAGAGAUCAACGUCAAGAUAAUGAGUGCAUUGACAGACUCCUCUAAUAAUGUUUCCUAUGAUCCGGCUAACCGGCCGGGGGUAUCAAACCUGUUGGAGAUCCUCUCUAUUUUUGAUGUUCAUGCCAGGAACCCAGCUCAACUCGCCGACUCUUUUUCUCAUGCCUCUCUCAAAGAUCUCAAGCAAGCCGUCUCAAGGGCUGUCGUCGAGGGGCUUGGCGGAAUCCGUGAGCGCUACAUGGAGCUUCUGUCUGUUGACGAGGGACGAUAUCUCGAUGCCGUCGAAGCAAAGGGUGCCAGCAAGGCCCGUCUCAAUGCCAACGAAACAAUGGCCCUAGUGAGAGAAGCCACGGGGCUGUGA